AUGGGCUUCGCCCGAUGCGCCUCGAUGACCCGACGCUCCAGCGCAUUACUGAGCGGCAACAAGUUCUCAGUGCGCGCAUUGGCUACUAGUGAACUCGAGUGGAUGAAAAACCGCGACCCGUACUGCAACGUGGGUGAGUCCAUUGCAGCCAAGAUCGGCGUGAGCUUGCACCGCCAGCCGAACCACCCGCUGCACAUUAUCAAGACCAAGAUCGAAGGUUAUUUCGACAACCUGCACCAGAACCACGGCGCACCAAAGUUCACGGUCUUUGACGAUCUGGACCCCGUGGUGACAACGUAUGACUGUUUCGACUCGAUGCUCGUGCCUAAGGACCACGUGAGCCGCAAGGUCACGGACACUUAUUACGUGGACCAGAACCGCGUGCUACGUGCGCACACUAGCGCACAUGAAGUGGCCACCAUGAAGAAAGGCUUCACGUCGUUCCUGGUCUCAGGCGACGUCUACCGUCGCGACGAGAUCGACGCUAGCCACUACCCAGUGUUCCACCAGAUGGAAGGCGUUCGCAUCUUUUCCGAACUGGAUGCAGCUACGCCACGCGAGGAGAAGGUGGCGCAUGUAAAGGAAGAACUGAAGAAGACGCUGGAGGGUAUGGCGAAGGAGCUCUUCGGUAACGUCGAGAUGCGCUGGGUAGAGGCUUAUUUCCCCUUUACGGAGCCGUCACUGGAGCUCGAGAUUUACUUCAAUGGUGACUGGCUCGAGGUGCUCGGCUGCGGUGUGCUGCAGCAGGAGAUUGUACGCAAUGCUGGCCUGGGUGAGAACGUCGGCUGGGCGUUUGGUCUGGGUCUGGAGCGUCUUGCUAUGGUGCUGUUCGACAUCCCAGACAUCCGUCUCUUCUGGUCUCAGGACAAGCGCUUCACCUCGCAGUUCAAGGACGGAGAGAUCACAAAGUUCAAGCCGUACAGCAAGUAUCCCGAGUGCUUCAAGGACGUGAGCUUCUGGCAUGACGACACUUUCCAUGAGAACAACUUGUGCGAGGUUGUGCGUGACAUUGCCGGCGACAUGGUCGAGCAGGUGGCUAUCGUGGAUGAGUUUACGCACCCCAAGACUCAGCGCACGAGCAAAUGCUACCGCAUCACGUAUCGCCACAUGGACCGCAACCUGACAAAUAGUGAGGUUGACGAGAUCCAGGAGAUUGUCCGUGCCAAAAUGGUUAAGGAGCUUGGCGUUGAGCUCAGAUAG